AUGGAGGAAGAACCAAAUCAUGAGGGAGGUAAAGUGCUGAGCGCGCUGGUCCGACGUGCGAUCCGAUGCGAUAAGCGCACACCUUGCUCGAACUGUCGCAGUUCCAGCAUUGCAUGUCGAUCAACCGGGGAAGGCCAGAAGCCAUCUGAGCCCCGGCGGCGGGUUCUAAUUUCGAACGAAUAUGAGAAAAAGAUCGAUGUAAUUGCGCAACGCCUCACAAACAUCGAAAACACUCUUCAAGAGCUAGUAAGGAACACAUCUCAUUCACGAGACUCUACAGCGCAAAAGCCGCCCGUCUUGUGCUACGGGGAACCCCCGAAACCCAAGGGCUCGUGGUAUACUGCGAACCCUACUAUCGAGCAGCAUGACUCCAGCUCUGGGUUUGAGGGUAGUUCUUCACUAUCUGCCCAUGGAGCUUACGCAAGUGCAUUGCUCGAGUCAGCUGUUUCGAAGAGCUCGCCGCAGGUCUUGUCCAGCCCGAAAAUCAACGCGGCUCUUUCGUCGCUGAAGCAGCUUGUUGGGAUGCAAAAUCAGCGACGAGAAAAGGAUUUACGGGCGAGUCAGCAACCUACCAAGCAGGUGAGAUUAGGUGUGAAGGGUGAUCUGCGUGAUCUCGAGAUGCCCCCGUUGGAAUUGGUUCUGGGUGUCCUAAGAAAGUGUCAAGAAACGGCUCCGUCUUUCUUUGGUGGCUACGUUCCGUUCCUGAGUGUGGACUUUUUCGUCGAGAAGUGUCGUGACGUGUACUUCUGUAUAGACGACUACUCUGAUGCAGCUUUCGUGAUCACCAAUUUCUGCCUGUAUAUGAUCUUCUACGAGCUCGGUGCUUUGGAUAAGGGUGACGUUCUGCGGGAGGAAUACCAACACUACAUCUUAAUGUGUCGCGACAACUUAGAGACGGCACUUGCCAAUCUGAACAUUCUGAUGCCGGUGAAUCAGGAUUCAAUCACGGCGUUAGCUGUUGGGGCCAUGCACGCACUUGAUAUCUCGAAGCCAUCGGUUUGUUGGACGCUAGCAUCAACAGCCAUGAACCUGUGCCAGACUUUAGGAUACCAUCGGUUCAGCUCCAUGGAGCACGAGCCCGUACCAGUACAACGCCAAAAGCAGCUUUUAUUCUGGGCUAUAUACGCAAUUCUGAAUAUGAUAUCGCUGCGUCUAGGACGUGCCUCUCCUGUCCAGGAUUACGAUAUCAGCCUACCAGCUCCUGAUGGAAAUUACGACGUCCCUAGCCCAUGGGGGAGCGUGUGUAUGUGGUGGACACGAUCAGCGAGGAUCCAGAGCGAGGUCUAUCAACACCUAUAUAGCCCGGAGGCACUGCAGCAGCCCCAAAGUGAGCGAGUUGCACAUGCGCAUAGACUAGCUGCCAGGAUGCAGUCGGAUGUCAUGGAGCCCUUCGAGAAAUUCAUGUCGUCCGAUCUUAAAUUGACCGAGAUGGACAACAUAUACCUCGUGACUGACAAAGUCUCCCGGCUGGCUAUUCUGACCUUGAUCUACCGCGCAAUUCCCGCAUCGCCAGAAUCGGGUCCAGCCACCUUCAUACCGGAAUGUAUCCAGACAGCCCGAGAAGCCCUAGAAGCCCACCGACAUUGCGUCACGACUCUCAAUGAGACAGACGACUUCGUGAAGAUCUCCUACAUGCACUGGGCCGUCCUCCUCUCCCCUUUCGUCCCCUUCAUCGUGAUAUUCUGCAACGUAAUAACAACCUUCAACGGCGCCGACCUAGCCCGACUAGAAGAAUUCAUCGCGUCCCUCCACCCCCUCAUAACGUUCUCCCAAUCCAUCGAGCGACUCCACAAUCUAUGCUCCAUCCUCGGCACCGUCGCCCGCCUUUAUUUCGAAGCUAACACCCAGGCAGCCGACGAAGACCAGAAUCUUAUCCAGGUCGGUCAGGAAUUCGAUGUGUAUCUGAGUGCGCUAGGGCUGGCGCCUACGAGCUUGAUUCCGAUGAAUGGAAAUGCGCAGAUGAGCAAUGCACAGGGAUAUCUCCAGACGGAUGUUCCGGCUGUAGAUGUUAGUUCGGCGGAGUUGCCACAGCUUGCGAGUGGGUUCGCGGGUCAGCCUGGUUCUGCUCAGGGUCAGGGUCAAGCUGCGGCGCAGCUAGGGAAUUGGUUUUGGGGUAAUCAGUAUAUGAUGGGCCUUUUGGAGGAGGAUUUGUCGCAGUUUAAUCCCGGGUGGUCGUGA